AUGGCCACAGGCAGCGUUUGGCCCUGCCUGCCAAGUGAGGCCGCCUGCGUGACCAAGGUUGGCAUUCCCGUCCGCUUCGACCCCUCGGCUCGUCAUGCGUUCUGGUGGAGGACGAAGUAUCCGACCUGGGAGGAGUCCACUUUUCAGAUCUUUCGCUACUUCGUGAGGCCCGAUUCGGUCGUCCUCGACGUGGGCGGAUGGAUCGGUUCUACAUCGCUGUGGCUAGCAGCCUUGGCCCAGAAGGUCGUUGUCCUCGAGCCAAGCGACGCGGCUUUUGAGGAGCUGGUUCAGAAUGCGGCACAAAACGCCGACAGGCGCGACCGCCUCUCUUUGCUUCGCGUGGCCUUGGGUGCACGGCGAGGUUUCGUGCAGAUGACGAACAGGGGCGACUCGGCCGACCAGGUGGGCAUCUACGACGGCCGCCAGGCCAUUCUUUCAACAGUCUGGGAUCUGAGAGAGCUGCUACUGGCCUUUCCGAUCUUGAACGAGACCUCCUUCAUCAAGAUCGACGCGGAAGGCUCCGAGCGGGACCUGGUCCCUAGCAUGGCCUCAUUCCUCCACCGAACGCGGCCCACCGUGUGGCUUUCUCUCCAUCCCUAUGCUCUGACAGUAGAGGAGAUGACCGGCUUGGUGGCGUUGCUGAAGGAAAUGUGUCCCUUUCUGUAUGGGCUGCGCUGGAACAUCACUUGGGCGCUGACGGACUUCCGCAUCACCGGCCGCAUGGUCGACCGAAUGCCUCAGGUUGCAGACUCCGCGGACGACGCGCUGUGCCUCUUCUCGCCGGCGCCCCGCGAACUCCUGGCACACUAA